UCCAAAUUUCGCGGUUCUCACAGCCUUUGGCUUGGAGUCGGAUAUCAUCCGUAAUUUACUUGAGAUCGCCGGUUGUCGGCGUUGUUUCUACGGCGCCUUCUCCAGUCUCGCUUGAAGAUGCAGCUUCAUUCUCUCCUCUGAACUUCGCGUACACGUCGCUCUUGUAAAACUCCUUCGUGCGCCAGACCAAGCCGAUCGAAACGAGAAAACCUAGAAAACUCGCAGCCGCGAUGAUGAGAAACGCCGAGCGGAAGCAGCUCACUCCGGCACACUUCAGCUCUUCGCCAGGCUCUCUCGCGAGUCCCAAUCGUUCCAAUUGCUUCGUAGCUUCCUCGUCGUACAAAAGGCCGGCGACUUUCACGUUGAAGAUCAGGGACCCGAUGGGGCUGGAAAUUGAGCCGACGCUGUACAGCGUGGCGAAGUGCUUGAGCCCGAAUAUCUCGGAGAUGAUGGUGGAGACCAGCGGCAGCUGCGCGCCGAGGCAGAAUCCGGUGAGGAUGGAGGAGAAGUAGAGCGAGUUCGGGACUCCAAAUGCGAUCAGGAGGUGGCCGACGCAAGAGAGCAAGAUGACGAAGGAGAGAAGCAGCGGACGAGGGAAUUUCCGUCUCGCCAGCAGGAUCUCCGAGGCGAACCCGGCGAGUACUCGUCCGAGGAAGUUCCAUAUGCUUACGAGCGAGAUGAAUGUCGAAAUUGUGCGCUUCUGGUAGCCUAGAGAUGCGGCGAUCUGACCAAGAUUGUCGAUUGCCGCCAGCGCGCCUCCGACGCCGCAAGUCGUCGAGAUUAAGAUGAUCACCAUGUCGAUGCUGAAAACCGCUUGUAAGAUGCUGUAGUCUUCUCCCCUUUCUGGUUGAUUGAAUAUCUGUGUGAACCAGGUCAAUAGUGUUAGCUUCAAUUUUGGGGGAUUUGGACUAAUUGCUUGUAGAAUUGUAUUUUCAGCCACGAUGUUGAGUUCUGUUUGGCUAUUCAUUGCUUGUUUCUUGCUCUUCCAUAGCUUGAAUUCUUCUCUGACUACAAUGGCCAAUGGUAGAAGCAAUCCCAAGCAAUCCCAAGUGCAACGUAGAGGAAGUGGUAGAAAACUUUCAGCUCCUUCUGGUGUCGAUCAAAUUUCAUGGUUCGAAUGACUGGCAGAAACAGCAAGGGAACAAUGGCGGGUAGCCAAGCAACGAGCAAGAUCGCAUAGCUGGAAUUGUUCCCAUAUGAAGCAUGGUAAAUCUGCGUGAUGAUAGCUCCACUCAGCCCGAUUAACCCUUUCAGCAGGCCGAUCACACUGCCACGGCUCUCGGGGAAGUUCUUGACACAAGUGACCAAAGCUGCAGUGUUUGAGUAGGAAGCAGCGUUUGUGGCGAUACACAUGUAGAGGCACAUUUGCCAGAGGUGCGGGUUUGGGAUUCGGCUGGUGAUGGAUAACCAGAUGAGGAAGUAGCCGCAGAAGUUCAUGAUUGAUCCGAUGGAGAUGACCAUCCAUGGUGGGAUGAUUUCGUAGAUAAGGCCUGCUAGAAACCCGAGGUUGCCUCCCAAGUCCUUGUAGAAGCUGAGAGUGUUGAGUGCGGUUUGAUCAUAGCCUAGUGAUGAUUUGAUGUCUCCUGAGUAGAGGCCGAACAUGUAGCUUGUGCCGUUGACAGACAUGAUCAGGAGGGAGGCAAAUACCAUGAACCAUCUCCCCGAGAGGGUUUGGAAGGUGAAGGCUUUGACUCCCUUCCAACUCUGGAACUCAGCAGGCAUUGCAAGUAUUUCCUAUUCCCCUCCUGCGAGGCUUCUGAAAGAGGGCUCUGAAAGAUCUGUUACCAUGACAAAGCUUCGUGCUUUCUUCUGUGUUUCUUCCAGGCAGAACAGGGAACUGACAUUUGCCACUUCAGGAAGGUUCUCCUUUUCAGCUGGCUUGAAACCGGCUUUCCUUAUUCCCAAGGCCGCUCUCUGCCUCAUAUAUUGUUUGCCAGUGUUAUCAACUGUAGCCCCACUAAACAUUCGUGUAGCCAAUACCAAGGCUCAUUACCACGAAGCAAUGGAGAAUCCCAAGAAUCUGGAAGAAGGGCUUACCCACAGGGAAUCACUUGGAAGCGCAGAAAAGCAGAAUGAAGUUUCUGAACACCCGGAAGCUGAAGAAAAAGAAGAGCAGCAGCCUGAAAAGCAGAAGAGCAAGAGGGUUGCAACUUUGGAUGUCUUCAGAGGGCUAACAGUAGUGUUGAUGAUUCUGGUGGAUGAUGCCGGAGAAUCAUACCCUCAGAUUAAUCAUUCACCAUGGAAUGGCUGUAGAUUGGCAGACUUUGUGAUGCCCUUUUUCCUCUUCAUUGUUGGCAUGGCAAUAGCUCUGGCACUAAAGAGAGUACCUAAGAAGAGGGAUGCCGUAAGGAGGAUACUCACAAGGACAUUGAAGCUUCUCUUUUGGGGAGUUCUGUUGCAAGGAGGAUAUUCACACGCUCCAAGUGACCUCGCUUAUGGAGUAGACAUGAAGCUGAUCAGAUGGUGUGGCAUUCUCCAGAGAAUUGCAUUGGUAUACAUGAUUGUGGCUCUGAUAGAGACGUUCACCAUCAUGCACAGACAAAAGAUCUUGAAUCCUGGGCAUUUCUCAAUCUUCACCGUAUACAGAUGGCAAUGGCUUGGAGGGUUCGUUUCUUUCCUCGUUUACAUGAUCACGACAUUUGCACUCUAUGUUCCGGACUGGAGUUUUGUGAACCACGACGAAAAGAAGAGAUAUAUGGUGAACUGCGGAAUGAGGGGUCACCUAGGACCAGCCUGCAAUGCUGUUGGUCAUGUGGAUCGAGCAGUCUGGGGUGUUAACCAUCUCUACGGUGGUCCCGAAUGGCGUCGGCUCAAGGCUUGCACUGUCAGUGCUCCGAGGUCAGGUGAUCUCCGCGAUGAUGCUCCUGCUUGGUGCCAUGGCCCAUUCGAACCCGAAGGCUUGCUGAGUUCCAUUUCUGCCAUCCUGUCUGGCACCAUUGGCAUUCAUUAUGGACAUGUUUUGAUCCAUUUCAAGGAGAAUUCCGAGAGGCUCAAACAAUGGGUUUCAAUGGCCGUAGGCCUGCUCAUCAUCGCCAUCAUUCUUCACUUCACUGACGCUAUUCCGAUGAACAAACAGCUCUACAGCUUCAGCUACGUCUGCUUCACCGGUGGAGCUGCCGGUCUAGUGUUCUCUGGAUUCUACAUACUGAUCGAUAUGUGGGGAUGGAGGAUACCAUUUCUGUUUCUCGAAUGGAUAGGGAUGAACGCGAUGCUGGUUUACGUCAUGGCUGCUCAAGGCAUCUUUGAAGGGUUCAUCAAUGGCUGGUUCUACAAGUCCCCCGACAACACCCUCGUGUACUGGAUCCAAGACCACGUUUUCAAUGACGUGUGGAAGUCGGAGCGGGUGGGAACCUUGUUGUACGUGAUAUUUGCACAAAUCACAUUCUGGGCAGUGGUCUCAGGAGUCCUGCACAAACUGGGCAUUUACUGGAAGCUCUGAAACCACUAUACAGCACACAAGAAACCCUAGCUCUCAGGUACACUUUACCAUCAGCAAAGUGUAGUAACUAAGAAAAAAUGUAUAGUUUUUGCUGGCCAGUUCGGACCUUAAAAUCUAGGGUUGCCCAAAUUUCUGUAGUUGGAUUUCUUUUCCCCCCAUUGGUUUGUAACAUUAUUUUUCUUCAAUGUCUUCCCCAUUCUUAUUUGUGAUGGUUUGUAAUGGUUCCUUUGAACAUUUAAGCUAUAUUUCGCGACUAUGUAUUUUGCUCGUUGAUUUCCAGAAUACGUAUUGUACAAUGCUGCGAAAGCAUUAAACAAUUCAUCCAUAUUAGAGGGAGAAAAUAAACAUUUUCGUAUGUGUAACACCUAACUAUAUCUAUUUGGAUUGACCAAAAUUUCAAUGCGCUUCCUCUAUCUCUAGCUAAGGCCAUAGAACUGGAAAACAUAACGCUACUGGCAAUGGAGUGCUCUUUUUGGGUUCCUUCUUUCUCUUCAUGAAGCUAGCCAAGAAUCGCUGCUCCACCUUGCCCACUUUGGGAACGACGGAGAAGACGACAGGGAGGUUGGGCUCCAUCGUCAGGAAGUCUUGUCUAGGAGGGGAGACGACGGUGUGACGAACUGUCUUUUCCGGAGGUGCUGCAGCCACUGACGAAGUUGAUGAAUCCGCUUCGAAUGAGGAUUCCUCAGUGCUGGCUUCAUCAGAGGUACCAGUCGAUGAGCUGGAUGCAGAAGCUGCAGAAUCACGAAACAAACGCUUGGUUUCAUGCGGAACUACGUAGUCUGCAGAAGCCAACUCCUGACAGGCAGAGGACUGGGGACACUCAGUUGCGGAAGAUGAAGAACCUGAAGAAGAAGAAGCACCAUUGUUGCUUGAUUUCCUUGACCUACCGAGUCUCAAGAGAGAGCUAACCAAACCCAAACCUGAACCGGGCGAAACGAGCUGUUUCACCACCUUCUGUAAGCCACUGCGAAUUUUGGACUUCGAUUUUGUAAGUAUUGCAGCAUCAUUCUUGGAGGAACCAGAAUCUACGUUGACAUGAACGUUGGAUUCUCCUUCUUCUUCCUCCUCGUCCUCUGCAAUCAAACGCCAUGCUUCGUCGAGAGCGUCUUGAGUAGAAAUGCGCGGGUAACUCGGAUCAAGCCAGAAUUCCUCUCUGUGGCAAAGUGCCAUUAUUUAGAACGAAACAAAGAGAAUUGUGUAACGAGAUUACUAAAGAUGAGGUGAAUGAGAACGACGUACAAAACAAUCCGAGGUGGAGAAUAUGGGUUUUUAUAGAACAUAGAGAGUUUACUUUUUCUAGUCUUCCUCUGUUUAUGGUAACGUUCAUCCAGAAAGGAAGUAGUGGCGAUCAUUUGAUGGCUAGUGGGGGGAAGGAAUCCAGCCUUGAAAUGAGUUCCAUGAAUGCGUAUGCUGGAAUUUAGCCCCAGCUUUGUAGUAAAAAUGGAAGGGGAUUCAUCAAAGCACAGCCAAAUUUAAGCAACAGAUUCUAUGACUUGCCAAAAGAGAAGGAAUUAAGAGGUAAAGGUAAUGAAGACGGGAGAGAAUUGGAUAUCUUGCAUGAUUUUCUCCUAAAUUACAUUUUUUGAGCAAUAAGUUUCCUCUUUCUGUGCUUCCAUUGUAGUUAGAGAUUCUCUGUUACUAGAUGAAAAUGCCGAGGUUCUGUAAAUGGGGAGAGUCCGGCUUAGGUCGUAUCAACAAUGUUUGUGAACUAAGCAAAAUGGGACGUUGAAGAGAAGAAAACUCGUCAUAAGAUCAUACUUAACCUGAUUACUUCUUCUAGUUCAAUCGAUAUAACUAGUUGACACGACAAGAGAUAUUAACCAGGAUUACGAUCAUAAC